AGUCAGAGAGAAAAAUGGAGAGGAUGAAGAAUGUAUUAAAUUUUGUGUGUAUAUUUUUGUAUAUAAUCUUAAAGGUAAAUUCUCAAGAUUGUCCUAUUCUUUUGGAGAAGUGCAAGUGUAAGACGCAGUUUAUCAAUACGCGUAAAAUAGUUUGUGAAGAUUUAGGAACUUUAGAGGAAUUUCCAUUCGUGCGACCAUCCAACACUCUUUACUCAGAAUUGUCGUUCAGUGGAAAUACAAUUAUAAGGAAGCUUCAAGCGAACGCCUUUACUGGAUUAAAAGUUAAUGAUUUACAAUUAAGCAGUUUGGGAAUACAAGAAAUACAUAAGGACGCUUUUAUCGGCACUACUGUAGAUACUAUUUCCUUGGGAGAGAAUCUCUUAACUAGCAUUCCGGAUUAUUUGUUCAAAGAUCUACGAAGCGCUACUCAUUUAUCUAUACGUAACAAUAAAUUAAAAACGAUUGGUAAUAAGACAUUUAUCGGCUUGGAUAACUUACAAUAUCUACAUCUAGAUUUGAAUGAAAUUGAUAACAUUGAUGAAAAAGCUUUUGAUAUUCUACCGAAAUUGACUGAGCUCAAUAUAGCUGACAAUAAAUUGGAGAUGAUAAGUAAAAAAACAUUUUCCAAAUUACCCCACUUAGAUGAAUUAAAUAUGGAAUCGAAUAACAUCGAAGAUUUAGAUAAAGAAAUAUUUGAUACUACUACUGGACUACAAACGUUACAUCUAGCGAAUAAUCGUUUGAGAAGCCUUGAUUCAGAUAUUUUUGACAAACUAGAAUAUCUACAAACUCUCGACUUAAAAAAGAACGGACUACAGACAAUAGACGGAAAUCUGUUCAAGAAAUGUUCAAAUUUAAAAACUUUGAAUUUGUCUUAUAAUCGGCUGAAAACUUUACCUUUGAACAUUUUCAAUUCGCUUGAGAAAUUGAACACACUUAAUCUGGAGCAUAAUCAAAUAGAUGAUUUACCCGAUCGAUUAUUUCUAAAUCAAAAAUCUCUUCUUAAUUUACAUAUAUAUGCUAAUGAGAUUUCUUCCCUCUCAGUAGCCACAUUUCAAGGAUUAGAUAAUCUCUAUGAUUUGAAUUUGGACGACAACGAUAUUGAACAACUUCCCGUUGGUCUUUUUGAUAAAAUGAGUAAGAUAAAUUCAAUAUCAUUAUCAAGAAACAACAUUGAACUUAUUCUUAAUGGAAUAUUUACGGCGACUAAAUCGAUAGCAACAAUUAAGAUGGACAACAAUAGAUUAACGGCCAUACCUAAUGGAAUAUUUAAGAAUUUACCAGCUUUACGCUCUAUUCAUCUAAAUGGCAAUCUAAUCAAGAAAAUUGAUGCUAAUAGCUUUUCUGAAUUGACAAGUUUGGAUUUCGUUGACCUAAGUAACAAUAAAAUUCAAAGUUUACACGAGAAUUCAUUCGUAAAUUGUAAAAACAUGCUCCAACUCUUCUUGUCAAACAACCUACUCACUGAAAUUCCUACGUCAUCAUUACCGAAUUCUUUGCAUGAAAUUAAACUGAAUCACAACGAAAUUAUGGAGGUACAAGCCUUGGCCUUUAGUAAUACAAGGAUUCGCUUUAUUGAUCUGAGUUUUAACAAAAUUACUGAUCUGACAGAGAUAAGCUUUAGAAAUCUUCAAAAUUUAGAGAGACUACAACUACAGGGUAACAAAAUACGAAAUCUACCAGACAGAAUGUUCCUUUCUGAAGUAGAUUAUCUACGAGCUAUUGAUCUAUCCUCCAAUCAGAUAGAAUAUGUCAAUAGAAAUUCAUUUCUUGGUCUUAAAACGGUCUUUGAUAUUAAUCUGAAUAAUAAUUUAAUACAAAGCUUACCGGAGAAUCUGUUUCUUGGCGCGAACAAUAUUUACAAGUUGUCGUUGGAUAACAAUAAAAUAAUUGGCAUUCAUCCAAGAGCAUUUACAGGAUGCAAACUUGAAGAAUUACAUGUAAAGGGAAAUAAGUUGACGUUAUUCGAAAUAGAGAGAAUUACAACAGGCAAUGAACUAUUGAUAUUAGAUAUAAGCGAUAAUAAUUUGGGAACGCUAUCAACAAAAGUUUUUAAUUAUUUUACCAAUGUUACGAACCUUAUUUCAAGAAAUAAUCGAAUUAGCCAAUUGAGACUUGGAACUUUAAAUCCUUUAACAAAGCUAAAACAUAUCGAUCUCGGCGACAAUCAAUUAGAGGAUGAUUCUUUUGAAGGUAUCGGAGACAAGAGUUUAUUAGAAACUCUUAAUUUAGAUGGAAAUCUAUUAACUAUAUUACCUAAGUUUCUAUCGAAACUUAAUUCUCUAAAUGAAUUAGAUCUUUCGAGAAAUGCUAUAAAGGACAGUCUCCAAUCUUUGAAUAAUUUAAAGUUAAAGAAACUUUGGAUAGACUCUAAUAAGAUAGAAUCUUUGAUAGGAUUACCAAAUACGUUAGAUACCUUAAGCGUCUCUAAUAACAAAUUAUCACAGGGUGGCAUAGUUAAUGUAAAGCAAUUAACGAGUCUCUCCGAGCUAAAUCUUAGUGAAAAUGAAUUGUCAGUGUUGGAGGAUAACCUCUUCGAAGAUCUGACUGUAUUAAGGAAUUUGAAUUUGGAUAAAACUUCACUUAAAGAACUGCCAAAACUGUUUGGAAAGAAUGGACAAUCGAUCGAGACUUUGUCAAUAGCCAACAAUCAGAUUAGUAUUGUAAAUACAGGAACUGUGAAAGGACUCAAUAGAUUAAGAUAUUUCAAUCUGCAAGAUAAUCAGAUUGAGGAAUUAACUUUACCUUCUUCUCCCAUUAAUAUUAAUACUUUGCUAUUAAAUUCGAACAAAUUGAAAUCUUUCCCUAAUGGAGCUAAAAGUUUCACAAACGUGUUGGAAUUCGAUUUAUCAAAUAACUUAAUGGAAAGUUUGCCAGAAUUAUUUAUUGAAUCCUCGUCGGAAGUUGAUAGUAAAACUAGAUUAAUUUCCUUUGAGAAUAAUCGAUUGACAAACAUCGAUAAUUUGUUUAUUUCUGGUAGAGUUGAAAAUAUAAAGCUUUCCAAGAAUAAUAUUUCAAAAUUACCUGAUAAUUUCUUCCAUGGAGUUAGACUUGUUGAUGAAUUAGAUAUAAGUAAUAAUCCUGUUGGGAAGAUGCCAGAUAACGUUAAACAAUUGAUUACGCGCAUGAAAAGUCUUAGAAUAAAUCAAUGUUCAUUAUCUACGCUAGAAGAUUGGACUAAAAUGAACAUAUAUUCAACAUUGGAGAAUUUGGAAUUGAGGGGAAAUUUGUUGACAAAAGUUGAAAAUUCCCAUAUUGUUGCCGUCAGGAAUUCAUUAAAAACACUCGACUUGAGGGAUAAUCUUUUGACAACUUUACAGUCAGACAUUUUCGAGAAUUUUGUAAAGUUUGAAAGAGUUUUGUUGGAGGGAAAUCCCUGGAUUUGCGACUGUGAAUUAACGUGGAUUAGAUCUCUUAAUCUAGAUAAACCGAGAUGUCGAUAUAGAGAUUCACUUAUUACCCAAUAUAAUAUAUCUAUUUGUCAUAUUCCACCUCCAACAACUGCUACGAAAAUACCCAGUACUACCCCAAUGGCAAGUAGUUCUACAAUUGCACCGUCAACACCCAAACCUCCUGAAGGAUGUCCAGUUAUACACGAAAAUUGCGUCUGUGAGAUGUCCUUUACCGGUCAUAUAAUCAAGUGUAAAAAUUUAGGAAGAAUUAAUGAGAUACCUGCCUUUAAAUUUUCCGUGACCGUCUACAAUGCCGUAGAUUUUGAAAAUAGCGCCAUCUCGACUAUACAAAGGGAAGCAUUUAAAAAUAUUCGUGGAUACGCUCUAGAUUUAAAUAAAUUGGAAAUAGAAGUAAUUGAGGAGGAUGCUUUUAUUGGUAUUGGUGAGAAUUUGGCAAAUUUAAAUUUAGCUGAAAAUCAUAUAAGAACAAUUCAUCCUAAUGCUUUUAAUGGUUUAAGUAAUCUUCAUACUCUUGUAUUGUCCAAUAAUAGAUUAAAAGUCAUACCUGAAAGGCUUUUUAUGAAUUUACCAAGCCUUCACUAUCUAUAUUUGGAUAUUAAUGAGCUUCAAGAAUUAAAUGAAAAUAUCUUUCAACAUAGCGAAAGAAUUAAUACUUUGAAGCUUGAAAAUAAUCAAAUUAGAAGUCUAUCACCUAAAAUCUUCAAUUCAAUGAAGAAACUUCAAGAAUUAGAUAUUUCUGAUAAUCAGUUGGAUAAUCUAGCAGAUGAUUUAUUUUCAAAUUUGGUUUCUCUAAAUGAACUUUACUUGUCGCAAAAUAGAAUAACAAAACUUCAAGAUAAAGUAUUUAGUAAUUUAAGUGAUUUGAAAAAAUUACACUUGUCUAAAAAUCGCAUUAAUGAUAUAAACUCCGAAGUUUUCUCUAAAUUAACGUCUCUGACAGAGUUAACCUUAUCAAAUAACGAGAUUAAAAAGUUUAAUCCUGGCCAAUUUGACGAUUUACAAGAAUUAUACAAAUUAGACUUGGAAGCUAAUCAAAUAGCUACAAUUGAAGAUAAUGAUUUUAAAAGAUUGCAAAAACUACAUGUUCUAUAUUUAAACGGGAAUAAAAUAUAUAAAUUAUCACCAAAAUCUUUCGAUGGAUUAGGAAUGUUAAGCGUUCUCAACUUGGAAAGUAAUAAAAUAAGCAAAGUAACAAAAGAGCUAUUAUCACCUUUGAAAGAUUCUUUAACCAAGAUAAAUCUUGGACAUAAUGUACUAAGUGUACUGGAAUCUGGAAUAUUCGAUGGUUUUAACAACUUAGACUCGAUAAAGCUUAAUAAUAAUCAAUUGAAGAGAAUACCUUCUGGAAUAUUUAAAGAUUUAAAAAAGGCAUAUUCAAUCUUCUUGGGAAAUAAUUUGCUUGAGGGAUUAGAAGAGGGAUUUAUGGAUAAUCUAAAGAGUGAUGUUCACGUUGAUUUAAGUAAUAAUAAAUUGAAGAAGCUACACGAGAAAGCCUUCAGAGAAACGAAUGUGAUAGAGACUCUUUAUCUUAAUGGAAAUCAAUUUACAACUUUUCCCAAUGUUUUCACAACAUUAAACGGUUUGAAAUAUCUUUAUUUACAAGAUAAUCAGAUAGAGGAGAUACCGAAUAAGUUGAUGUAUAACUCUAAGAUAUUGAACUUAGAUCUCUCUAAUAAUAAAAUUAAUAAGAUCAAUGAUAAAUCUUUUGAGAAUGCGAGAGAAUUAUCCAACAUCAACUUAAAAAAUAAUCAAUUGAAAGAAAUACCAAAGUUUACAAGUGACCUUAAUCUUAUCAAUUUGGAAAAUCUUUAUUUGGAUCAUAAUCUUUUGGAAAAGAUUGACCAGGAUACAUUUAGCGGUAUAAAAGAUCUUCGUGAACUUUCUCUUAAUGAUAAUAAACUAUUUCUUUUACCUUCGAAUAUAUUUAAUAAGCUGGAGAAUCUACAAAGUUUAAAACUGCAAAAUAAUCCUUUAAAAUUCCAGAAAGGAUCCUUAAGCGGACUAAAAACAAUAUACGAUCUAGAUAUAUCCAAUACCCUCUUCAAGAAAAAGAAUAUGCCAGAGAUGAAAUUCUUAGAGAGUUUGGAAGUAUUAAAAAUGGCCAAUUUAUCACUAGGGGACUUGGACGAUAAGACCUUUAUAAACCUUGGACGAGUAUAUAAUAUAGAUCUCUCGGGAAAUAAAAUAAAAUCUAUACAUGCGAAAACAUUUACCGAACUAAAAAGUCUACAAAUUUUAAAAUUGGAUGACAAUGAAAUAUCAAAUGGCCUAGGCGAAGCCAUCGUUAACACACAAAUAACUAGCUUAUCAAUAAGAAACAACAGUCUUACAAGCCUGACGUCACUUCCUAGUAGCCUUCAAGAGUUUGACGCAACAAACAACCAGUUAAAUGAUAAGAACGUCAAUAAUCUCUUUGAAAAUUGCACCUCUAUACGUAUUAUUUUCUUAGCAAAUAAUCAAUUGAAGAAUUUGUCCCCAAACUUUCUUCCUAAGCCACAGAAUCUAGAACAAUUAGAUUUAUCCUAUAAUCUUAUUGAUGAAAAUAUUUUGGGUAUAUUAAAAGAAACCAGGGAAUUGAAAGAAUUGAAAUUAAAUAACAAUAAAAUCACCAAAAUACCUGACAAUACAUUUGAAAAUGUCAGCCUACUAAACAAAUUGGACUUUUCGGGAAAUCCAAUUAAGAGUAUUGGAAACAAUUCAUUAAAUGGUUUGAAUUUUCUAAAUUCCUUUGACAUGUCGUCUUGUAAUAUACAAGACAUUCAAGAAUCAGCGUUCGAGUCUCUUAUUUCAUUGUCGUAUCUGAAUUUGGAAAAUAAUGGAUUUUCAACUCUCAAAUUACGCUAUAAUAUGCCGUCUUUACGGAACAUUGAUCUUUCAAACAAUCGACUUACAGAGGUACCAUUCAACAAUCUUGAGUUUGUUAAUGUAAUUGAUAUGUCGAAUAAUCAAUUAACAAGUCUUGGAAAAAUCAACAUUCAAACCCCAAAGGAAAAAGUGUCCGACACUAUAUGCGAUUUUUCCAAUAAUAAAAUUAGUAGACUUUCAAUGGAUUCGAUAUUCAGCGGUAGAAUAAAUAGUCUAAAUUUGAACUCAAAUCAAUUAACGGACGAAAAUAUCGAUUCUAAAUUUUUCACUAGGGUAAAAAGUAUAAAAUCGUUGGAUCUUAGCAGGAACCAAUUGAAAGCUAUUCCGUCUGUCAUUGUUAACCUUUCGGAUAAAUUUACUGAUGUAAAUUUAGGAUAUAACAAUAUAUCUUCUAUUGAAUGGUCAGCAAACAAGGGAAUUACGCCCACCAUUAAGACUUUGUUGAUAAAUGAUAACAAAAUUUCUCAAGUAAACCCUCAAAGUAUAUUGGAAUUGGGGCAGUCCUUAAACAAGUUAGAUAUGAAAAAUAAUCAAUUAUCAACUCUUUCGAAAGAUAUAGAACAAAAUUUACCUAAUCUCAAAUCCAUAAUGAUAUCUGGUAAUAGCUUUGCUUGUACUUGUAAUUUAGGUUGGCUUAGAAGUUCAAGUUUAGUAAUGGAUAAGGCCAGGUGCGCUAAACCGGACGUUUUAACUGGGGAGUUUGUAGUAUGUUUUAGUGUGGACAAAUGUACUUUUGGAGACGAUAUCAAGAAGAAGAAACACGAAUUUUGCAUGCCAUCAACGACUGCAAGCUCUCAAACAACUCAAAGUUAUAAAUCAACUACGAACUACAAAUCAACUUCUAAACGACCUAUCCCUACUUCAUCGACCUAUGAAACAUCCAAAAGUUUCAUCUCUGAACUUUCAACCUUUGAAUCAACCAAAAACUCAAAGAUACUUUCGACCUUGACUGAUCUUUCUUCGGCUAUAACAGAUCGCAAGUCUACAUCUAGAACUUCGGCCCGUACUGCUGCUACAACUAGAACUGAAGCAGAAACUUCAAAUUGGCCUAUAAUAAGUGACAGUUCGAUUUUGAAAAGCACUGCUGCCCCACCCUUAUCUUCGUCCUCAACGAAAAAGGAAAACUCGUCAGUAAGUGGACCAGCAACAAAGCCAAAUAUUCAAAAGUCAUCAAAAACACCAGAAAAAGAGCCGGAUCCUGAAAGUAGUUCGAGCUCCAUUAGUAAAUCAAAUAUAAUUAUUAUAUGCGUUUGCGUUAGUUUCUUACUCAUUCUUAUUAUCGUUUCCAUCGUCUUUAUUAUAAAAUAUAAGAGGGUAAAGACGAAUUACGGACCAAUGGAUGAUCAAAAAUCUCAAAUAUCAGCAAGAAGUUUUAACAACUUAGGUAAUGGAGGAGCGACAAACGGUUAUAACAAUGCUUCUUACGAUACAUCAUUAGACAAUCCUACAGCAAAUGAGGGGCAAACAAAAGUUUAGUCUCAGUUUGUACAGUGCUUUUUUUUUCUUACAACAGAACAGUAUCUUUAUAUGCAAAACUAUACAAUUUAUACAGUAUAUCAACUUAUUAUAUUGUCUUAUAAAUAGUUCACAAAUGAAUAAAUAUAUCUAUAUUUGUAUAUA